AUGAGUUGGCUGUUCGACAUUUCCGAACUUGCCUUGGCUCGCUUCCAGGGCAGCUGUGACCGCAGCAAGAUUUCCAUCCUUUCCGACAUCCUGAGGAGCAACUUAGAUAAGCUCGUGAGAGAAAAGACGGACACUUCAGUGCAGGGACCUGCGCUGGCAUCUCGUGCUGCAGACAUGGAGGGGUCCAGUGACAAGCUUUUCUGCUGCAGGUGGGUGCGCCACAGGGUUCCCCAGGCCCACAGAGAGGAGCUGUACCACAUCCUGAAAAUGACAGGGCCUCUGCUGCUCUCUCGAAUCCUCAAUUACCUGCUUCCAUUUGUGGUGACAAUGUUCUGUGGGCGGCUGGGCAAUGAAGUGAUGGCUGGCUAUGGAUUAGCUUGUGCUACCAUUAAUGUCACCACUGCAGCAACAGGUUGUGGUCUGGGACUGGCAUGUGACACUUUGGUGUCUCAGACAUUUGGUGGCAGGAACCUGCUGCGUGUGGGAGUGAUCCUCCAGCGGGGCAUCAUCAUCCUGCUGCUCUUCUGCCUGCCCUGCUGGGGUCUCCUCAUUAAUGCUGAAGCCGUCCUGUUAUGCAUGGGCCAGGACCCUGCGGUGACCAGAAUAGCCCAGCUGUAUAUUACAGGCUUCCUUCCAGCAGUACCAGCAUUGUUUCUAUAUCAGCUUCAGGCGUCUUACCUGCAGAAUCAGGGUAUAAUAAUGCCACAAAUGUACGCUGCUGCCGUGGCAAACAUAGCAAAUGCUGUGACGAACUACAUCUUCCUUUACUGGCUGGAUCUGGGCGUUAGCGGAUCUGCAGCAGCCAACGCUCUGUCUCACAUUUACAUCUGUACUUUUAUGUUUGCUUACAUUUGGUGGAAGAAGCUCCACGUGACAACAUGGGGAGGCUGGUCAACAGAAUCGCUGCAGGAGUGGGGCUCCUACAUGAAACUGGCCAUUCCCAGUACAUUAAUGAAGUGCUUUGAGUGGUGGGUUUAUGAGUUUGGGGGAUUCUUUGCAGGAAUGUUGAGUGAAGAUGAGCUGGCAGCCCAGCAUGCUGUGAUAAUGGUGGCUUUCAUAACCUACAUGUUCCCUCUCGGUAUUCAAGCUGCAGCAUGUGCACGGGUGGGAAAUGCUCUGGGUGCAGGAGACACUGGCAGGGCGAUCCUCACCAGCAAGAUGUCACUCACUCUCGCGGGUAGCUUCGCAGUGGUUGAAGGUCUUGUGCUUGCCUCUACCAAAUCAGUGAUAGGCUUCAUCUUCACCUCUGAUGAGAAGAUCAUAGCUCUGGUCUCACACUUGAUGAAUGCUUACUGUUUCCUUCAGUUCUUUGAUGGUCUUGUGUGUGUUUGCACGGGCAUCUUCCUGGGCACGGGCAAACAGAAGAUACCAGCUGUGGCUAAUUUCAUUGGAUACUACGGCAUAGGACUGUCACUGUGUGUUACUUUAAUAUUUGUCGCAAAACUGAGAAUUUUAGGUUUUUGGCUGGGACUGCUCAUUUGUGUCUCUUUGCAAUCCACCCUCUACAUCAUUAUCAUCUUCAAGCUGAACUGGGAGAGAAUGACACAGGAGGCUGUGGAUCGAGCACAGAAAAACACUCACACGACGUUAUUAAGCACAGCUGCUGUGUCAGAUGCUGCAGGUAGUGAUGCUGCCAGCCAGACAGCAACCAGUAGGAGUUCAGUGGACGGCUACAUGUCUGUGAGCACCGAGGACAAUGAUGGGAACCCAGACUCGCAGGGCGCACACGUGGUCCAGCAGCAGGCGGGCGGCCGUCUCUCCACCACCCAGCUGAUCCUCAGGCGAGGCCUCGCUAUGUUCGCAGCGGUUGCCCUCCUGGCUGUGGGAGUGAGUGUGCACUUCCUCGUGCCUUUGCCAGAAACCCUGCGUUCAGAGGCCAACUUAACUUCAGACUGGAUCAAUACUACAUAUACUCCUGAUCAGAUUUUCUCCACUGUGCUGGUCCCGAAUGAAGAGUCAGACUGA